UUAUUUUCAUAUGGAUGCAGGACAUGUAGGAUUUCGCGUUUUUUAUUUAUUUAUUUAUUUAAUAAUUUGCGCUGUUUGAUUUUUUUUCUUGCGUGAUUUAAGAAACUGACAUGAGAGGUUCGGCAAUCUGAAGCGGAAGUUCGUCUCGAGUAGCGCUCCGGAAGCAGCGCGCGUUACCAUGGCGACCGCAGCGCGUCCUGUUGUGAAGACGCAGGAGAGAUGAUCGGACUCUGGCUGUAGAUCAUGCUGUCCAGCGCGCCGCACGCCCGCGGCUUCAUCCACGACAGCAAGCCGCGGCCCGAGGCUGUGAGGGUCACGGAUCUCUCUCGAGUGCUUCAGCUGCUGCGGGAGCCGCUCUCGGUAGUCUCGUCCUCGUUAAAAGAAAGGCAGGUUUUCAUCUUGAAGAAGGUGGUAAAACAAUGCCAGCAUGGAUUUCUUUUGAGGGACCUCGCUGUCAUAUUUAAGAUUAUGAACGUUUGUGCUGAAAGAGUGUCUGAUCAUCCGGAAUAUGGCCGAAUCCUCUGUGAUUUACUGCAGAUAUGCAGACUUCCCUUCCUGAAGGAGAAAUCGUCUGAUGAGAUGAAGUACGCCGCUGUGGUGACAGACUGUGUGUCUCAGAUGGGUUUUCUGAUGAGGAUCCCGCUGCCGGAGGUGCGACGUCAGAUCUGUUCAUCUGUGAUCGCCUUCUACAGCCGCGACAAACACAGACACAGCUCUGACGGCCUGUCUCCUGCUCGUCUGGACUACAGAGCUCUGAUGCUGGAGCGCAGCGGUGUUUCUGAGACGCUGGUCAUGUCUCUGGCUCUGACGGAGGAGCAGCAUUCAGUAAAACUGUGUCUCCUGCAGACGCUGCAGAUCCUGUCCAGAACAUCAGUCAACUGUAAGCUGAUGCUGAGAGCUCAGGCCGCGCAGAAGAUCUGCUUCCACAUGAGUGAAGGAGAUCCGUCCGGAGAGCUGCUCUUCAGAUCCUCCGAGAUCCUGUGGAACCUGCUGGAGAACGGCUCUCGACAGGAAGUGACCUCACAGCUCAGCAGCAGCGACUGCAUUGCAUCUCUGAGGGACGCGUUUCUCCAUCUGCUCCUGAAGGGUUUCCGUCAUCAUGAGCGUCAGCUGAGGAACGACCUGCUGCUGCUGCUGUCUCUGAUCGCCGAGAAGCCCGGCGCUCCUCUGAUCGAGAGCGGCUUCCUCAAGCAUCUCACGCCCUUCCUCACGUUUCCCGAGCUGAAGAGCCACAAUCCUCUGGUGAGAAAUCUCAAGCUGACCUUCAACCAGGAGGACUUUGAGAUGAAGAAGCUCCUGCUGAACAUCAUGGUGGUGCUGUCGAGAGAUCUCUCCGCGCUGCAGUUGUUCAGAGAGGGCCGUGUGAUGCUGGCUCUGAUGCUGCUGGUGAAGCCGAGCCCGUCUGCGGUGUGCAGAUGGACCUCCAGACAGCAGGAGGAGCUGCAGCUGCAGGCUCUGUCCACACUGAGCACACUCGCUCCGCUGAUGCUGGACGAAUACAUCAGCUGUCAGGCCAACACCUGUCUGCUGCUGCUGCAGGACGACACCUUCAGUGGGCGGGGUCACGGUUUCCACGGCAGCGGCGGCGGGAGGAAGGCUCAGCUGCGGGGCUGCAUGCGUGCGCUCAGAUCCGUGACGUCUUUGGAGCACAAGCCACUCCAGCAAGAUCUGUGUGAUCAGGGCGUCAUCGGGCAGCUCUUGGGUGUGCUGCGCUGGUUCCUGGGGAGGCCGCAGGACGAGGACGCUGUGGCUCUGGAGAUCCAGACGGACUGUCUGUUCCUGCUGUCUCUGCUCUGUGAGGGAGACGUACACAGGAAGGAGCUGUUCGGCCGUGACGGGGUGGAGGUGCUGAUCCAGUAUCUGAGUCUGGACGCCGCGCUGGUCUUCAGCGGUCUGGGUCAUAAUAAACUGCUGCUGUCCACCGUCGACUGUCUUUGGUCGUGUGUGGUGGGGUGUUUCGGUAUGGAAUCUGCUGCUGCAGCUGCUGCAGCGGAGCCCCAGACGCAUGCUGACGCCGCUCGUGUCCGCGCUGCUGGAGCUGUGUGAGAAUCCCCAGGCCGUCACACACCUGCUGCGCUGGAGCGGAGACAGAGACACCAGCGCGCCGCAGCUGCUGCUGCACAUCUGGAGGAGAAAAAGACG